GGAAUUGGCUGCAAUUUCAUCCCAUAGUUGUUCAGUUUAGCCUACCCAGGUCCCCAUACGCUACUAUUAUAACCAAUAUACACAAUUAUGAUAUAGCCACCGCAUUUACGGGACUGCGGUCAGAAGCCCGUGUUCUGCUGGGUGAUUUUUAUAUUACUUGUUUUUCUAAUCAGCCAUGCUAUGUGGUGUGCGUGUGCACGCGUGCAUGUAGGCCUAUGAGGCUUUUAUUGUUAUUGUUGUUUUAUUUCGGGAAAGGCAUUAUUCUGGGCUCUCGUCGUGUAGGGAGGGCGCUAGUCUGAGGAAGCUAUGAAUUUUGAAUUUGAGAGGGAGAUCGGGUUUAUAAACAGCCAGCCGUCCCUAGCAGAGUGCUUGACGUCCUUCCCCGCCGUCCUGGAGUCAUUUCAAACUUCAUCAAUCAAGGAGUCGACAGUAAUUCCGCCUCCCUUCGAGCACACCAUUCCCAGCUUGAGCCCUUGCACAGCCACCCAGCCGAAACCAGCUUCUGGGAGCCAGCAAAGCCGGAGAAGCUCUGCUGCAAAUGACCAGCAGACGCAUCAGCGAGCCGUCCAGCAGCCAUGCCCGCCUGCCCAGGCCCCUGCACCGGCCACCCCGGUCGGUCCGCUGGCCCACGAGUUUCCCUGGAUGAAAGAAAAGAAGUCAUCCAAGAAAUGUCCCAAGCCUGGAGGCAGCUCGAGCGGGGGCGGAUCCAUCAUCACGCCGGCAUCUUCCUACCCCUCGCCAAACGCCUCUGGGUAUCCAUCGGCGGGUAUCGAGUCACCCACAGACUCAAGCCAGAUCGGCGGGCUGGACGCAGGGGGAGCCGGCUCUCGCCGGCUGCGCACCGCCUACACCAACACUCAGCUUCUGGAGCUGGAAAAGGAGUUCCACUUCAACAAGUACUUAUGUCGACCGAGGAGGGUUGAGAUCGCCGCACUGUUAGAUCUCACCGAGCGGCAGGUCAAAGUUUGGUUUCAGAAUCGGAGGAUGAAACACAAGCGGCAGACCACGCACCACCGGGAUGGCAGCGGGGGAAGUCCGUGUUCCAGUGGGUUCGAGCCGCUCGAAGGCUCCGAUGCAUCGUCUCCGUACUCCAGUCAGCCGCUGGAAGCAUCUGGCACCGGGGACGGCACAAUAGAGGAGCAGGGGGCUGGUAAUGCGACAUCGAGCGCUGUUUCCAGCGCCUAUAGUGCCACAGACAGCGGGGACAAUGCGCUCCCCACGCAGGAAGACACGGGCAGUGGGAGCCUUCUGCAGCCGAGGGCUGCUGGCUCAACGGAUUCCUGCUCCAAGGGUGACAGCGGUGGUGUGACGCACCGCAGCGGGGCUGGGAACGCACCGGGGCCCGGUGUGUCUUUUUUGGACCACCGGGAAUCCUCCAUCGCUCCUUCUGACUCUCUCACAUCUCCCUCCUCAUCCUCAUCCACCGCGCUGACCGACCUGACGCUCUUCACCGAGGACACCUGCUUGUCCCCCAGCCUGCAAAGCUCCCUGGACAGCCCGGUGGAUUUCUCCGAAGAGGAUUUUGACUUGUUCACAAGCACACUGUGCACUAUAGAUUUACAACACCUCAACUUUUGAAGGUACUAACAAAGAGGGUAAAAAUAAAACACCAGAACAAUCAGCAGGAAAAAAAA